UUGCCGUAAGCCGUCUGUCUGCUUUUGCUGCUGGUUGUUCGGAGGAGUCUUUCUGCCGAACAUGUGGUGUGGCGGUGGCGUCACUAUACUUGCAGCAGUCGGUGACAGAAUCAAAUGAGAGAGACAUAUCGCUUACAUCGAGCACAGAGUGAAAGUCAGAGACCACAGGAAGUGAAACACGUGCAAGAGUCGAGAGCUAUGAAAACCGAGGGGAUCGAGGGUACUGAACGGUUUAUGAGCCCUGGUAAAGGCCGGGGACUCAGAGCCAUAAAGCAUUUUAAAGUUGGUGAUCUCGUGUUCGCCUGUCCGGCGUAUGCGUACGUGCUGACAGUGAACGAGAGAGGCGGACACUGCGAAUUCUGCUUUACCAGGAGAGAAGCGCUUUCAAAAUGUGGAAAAUGUAAACAGGCCUACUACUGCAAUGUAGAAUGUCAGAAAGGAGACUGGUCCAUGCACAAGCUGGAGUGCUCGGCCAUGUGCGCUCACGGGGAGAACUGGUGUCCAUCAGAGACAGUGCGACUGGUUGCCAGAAUCAUUCAGAAACAGAAGUACCUGACAGAAAGCACUCCAUCAGAAAAAGUUUUGACUCUUACAGAAUUGGAAGCACAUCUGGACAAGCUGGAUAAUGAAAAGAAUGAGAUGAACGACACAGACAUUGCUGCGUUACACCACUUUUACAGCCGGCACCUUGAUUUUCCUGACAAUGCGGCACUUACCGAGCUCUUCUCCCAGGUGAACUGUAAUGGCUUCACUAUUGAAGAUGAGGAGCUGUCACAUCUGGGUUCUGCUGUAUUUCCAGACGUUGCUCUUAUGAACCACAGCUGUAGUCCCAAUGUGAUUGUGACAUAUAAAGGUACGGUGGCUGAGGUGAGGGCCGUGCAGGAGAUCAGCCCUGGAGAAGAGAUUUUCAACAGUUAUAUAGACCUCUUGUAUCCAACAGAGGAUAGAAUUGAAAGGUUGAGUGAUUCUUAUUUCUUUACCUGUGACUGCAAAGAAUGCACCUCGAAAUCAAAGGACAAGGCCAAAAUGGAGAUCCGUCAAAAGCUCAGCACACUUCCAGAAGCUGAUGAAAUCAGACAGAUGGUGGCAUACUCUAGAAAUGUCAUUGAGGAGUUCAGGAGAGCCAAGCACUACAAAACCCCCAGUGAACUGCUGGAAAUUUGUGAACUGAGUCUGGACAAAAUGGGUUCAAUCUUUGCAGACACCAAUGUCUAUAUGCUACACAUGAUGUACCAGGCAAUGGGCGUCUGUCUCUACAUGCAGGACUGGGAUGGAGCAAUGAAGUAUGGCGAGAAAAUUAUCCAGCCCUACAGUGUGCACUAUCCUCCUUACUCACUGAAUGUGGCCUCUAUGUACCUGAAACUUGGAAGAUUGUACCUAGGACUUGAAAAGAAGACACAAGGGGUUAAAGCUUUAAAGAAGGCUCUUGCGAUCAUGGAUAUUGCCCACGGUAAAGACCAUCCAUACAUCUUGGAGGUUAAGAAGGAAAUAGAAGAUCAGAAAUAAUGCGACGAGGAGGAGAAAUAUGCAUCAAUGCUGGCAUGUCUUAUACCUCUCCCUGGAAUAUUAAAACAAAAGUGAUGUCAAAAUUGUUUGUUGAUCUGAGAUGUCAUUUAAACAAAUUUUAGAUUUGUAAAUAGAUGGCCCAGAUAUUUUGUUGUUUGUUUCAUCCGCACUUUGGAAAAAAAUGUGCUGAUCUGUCUUUUUUGGAGAAAAAGGGCUAACAUUUAAGAAUCAUAUCAUAUAUGCCAGGUUUUCAAAUCUAUUUUGCCCUAUCAUGUAGCAACAAUAUUGCUGUUUUGAGUAACUAAUGAAUGUAAAUCAUUUAUAUAUUCUCAAAAAAAGGUGAAAGAUCCCUGACUCUAUUUUACUGGUCUGUUUAAUAGAUUGUUGCAUGGUUGUCAUUCUGCAUAGGUCAGAGUCAUUGAUGCUGUUAAAAUAUUGGACUUCCAAUCUUUCAUUACAUUUCGGUCAAAAUGUUAUGUUCAUAACUGUUUGUGUCUUUAAAUGCUUCUUGUUUGUUAUUGUGCAAUUUUGACUGGUAGCAUGGGCAAAAAAGAAAUGAAUGCAUAUCCUGCCACAUGCUUGAAAUUUAUUGUAAAAACGCUACAGUAAUAAAAUCCUGAA